AAAUCUCUCUCUUCUUCCGAUAUGCAGAGAGCAUUAUAUGCACACAGUAGCAAAGCUCUCUCCAAGUUUCUGACUCACUUCACCUGCUUCAUCGAUUCGCCAUUGAAGCUCUUACGCAUUUAUCAUCGGCAAAACUUCUUGGAGUUAUCGGAAAAGUUUCUUCAUCAACGGUGGUUGAAGUAUCUGAUCCCUCUCGCUAUGUUAAACUAGAUUCGAACGUUUGUUCCCAAAGCCGAGAUUCGCAUUUCGGCUUCUCAUUUCGAGAUUUCGUUUAUGGAAUCUCUGGAUCUUAUGUUGUGUGUGGGAUUAUACUUCCCUAUAUUGUAACUAUCGAAAGAAAACUGCAUCUACGGUGAUUGCGGAGAGGAGAAAAAAAUGGCGAAGAUGAUAAACAAGACGCUUGUACUUACAUAUAUCUACUUACUAAUCUACAUUAUUCUUUCUUCUGGAGUUAUACUAUACAACAAGUGGGUUCUAUCUCCGAAAUACUUCAAUUUUCCACUUCCUAUAACAUUGACAAUGAUCCAUAUGGGAUUUUCUGGAUUCGUGGCUUUCCUUCUUAUUCGGGUAUUCAAGGUACAGCGAUUACACUUCCAUUUAAGUGAAUGUUACAUUUGUCCACUUGUUUGGAGUAUGCUACAUGCUCGUCUUAUGCUGAGUACUCCUUAUAAUAGGUAGGUAAUAAGUAUCUUUUUUGUGAUGUAGGUUGUCUCUCCUGUUAAAAUGACUUUCGAAAUAUAUGUGACAUGUGUGGUGCCUAUAAGCGCAUUCUUUGCAUCCAGUCUCUGGUUUGGAAAUACUGCAUAUUUGCACAUUUCAGUUGCUUUCAUACAGAUGCUCAAAGCACUAAUGCCGGUAGCAACAUUUCUUAUGGCCGUUGUUUGUGGCACGGACAAAGCAAGGUGUGACGUGUUCAUGAACAUGGUGCUGGUGAGUGUUGGAGUUGUAGUAUCCUCCUAUGGGGAAAUUAAUUUCAAUGUAAUCGGCACGGUCUACCAGGUCAUGGGAAUAUUUGCUGAAGCACUUAGACUGGUGCUAACUCAAGUUCUUCUUCAGAAAAAGGGCUUGACGUUGAACCCAGUCACCAGCUUAUACUAUAUAGCUCCAUGCAGCUUUGUUUUCCUGUCCUUGCCUUGGUAUGUGCUGGAGAAACCAAAUAUAGAUGUCUCGCAGAUCCAAUUCAACUUCUGGAUCUUUUUCUCAAACGCUCUCUGCGCACUUGCCUUAAACUUCUCCAUAUUCUUAGUAAUCGGAAGAACAGGCGCUGUAACAAUCCGGGUUGCUGGGGUUCUCAAAGACUGGAUUCUCAUAGCCCUCUCCACUGUCAUAUUUCCUGAGUCCACAAUCACUGGGCUGAAUAUAACUGGAUAUGCUAUAGCGCUCUGUGGUGUUGUAAUGUACAAUUACAUAAAAAUCAAGGAUGUAAAAGCGAUUCAACCAACCACUGACAGCCUCCCAGAUCGAAUCACGAAGGACUGGAAGGAGAAGAAUUCGUCAGAUGGGGGGAGCCCCAGAGGAUUGGAGCUUAACGAUGAAGAAGCCCCUCUGAUAACGUCGCGGUUGUCGCAUAUUGGCCGGACUCAGCUUGGAAACCACACGGCAGUCUGAGAAUGACCGUUAUGUUGUUUCACUUCUCAGGUGAAAAUGUCUUUUAUCUCUUUUGGAACCCAAACAGUUUUAAAUAGAAUUUACCUCGGAUUACUUAACAUUGUUAGUUCUACAAAAAAAAGAAACGCAAAAUUAUUUGUAGGGUCUCUGAAAGUUAUAAAUGUUUUCACUAGACAGCGUAGCUCCGGACCCGGCCUUGGUCUACUCUUUAUGAUCCAAACAGUUCUGACUUCUGAGUGUGUGGCCCUGUAUUUGAUAUUUUCCCUUUCUAUAUUAGCUGG